AUGGUGACUAGGGUGCGUGUGGGGACGUUCAAGCCCAACCCCCGCUAUGCCGCGACAGCAACCACGACGACCAUCUCGCCCAUCCCGCGCAUGGUGAAUCAGGCGCUCAAGGAUCCCAACUGGAACAAGGUGAUGCAGUCCGAGUUUGAUGCCUUGCUCGCCAAUAACACGUGGGAGCUCGUUCCCCGUCCCCAUGGUGCUCACAUAGUCAGCGGCAAGUGGAUCUUCUGUCACAAAUUCAAAGAAGAUGGAAGCUUUGACCGGUACAAGGCACGUUGGGUCGUCCGCGGCUUCACCCAACGUGCCGGCAUCGACUACGGCGAGACGUACUGCCCGGUUGUCAAACCAGCCACAGUGCGCACGGUGCUCGCUCUCGCCGCGCAGCGCCAAUGGCCGGUUCACCAGCUCGACGUCAACAACACCUUUCUUCACGGUGUCCUCGACGAACAGGUCUACGCUCGACAACCCGCUGGCUUCACUGACAACCAGAACCUGGUGUGCUGCCUCUCCAAGAGCCUCUACGGCUUGAAGCAGGCGCCCAGGGCCUGGUACCUGCGGCUGGCGACAUCCCUCGGCUCGAUGGGAUUCCGGGCCACACGCUCUGACAGCUCCCUCUUCGUUCUGCGCCGCAACAAGGAGUCUGUGUACCUUCUCCUCUACGUGGAUGACAUCGUGCUCACAGCCUCUUCCAGCGAGCUGCUGCGCUGGGUCGUGAGCACCAUCAACGCCGAGUUCAAGCUCAAAGACAUGGGGGCCUUCCACUACUUCCUCGGCAUCCAGGUUCAGCGCAACGCCGAUGGAUUCUUCCUUCAACAACAGCAGUACGCCCUCAACUUGCUUGAUCGCGCCGGCAUGACAGACUGCUGGCCCUGCGACACACCCGUCGACACCGCCGGCAAGCUCUCCAGCGACGCUGGCUCCCCUCUGUCAACUGUGGAUGCCUCAGACUACCGAAGCCUCGUCGGCACGCUUCAGUAUCUGACGAUGACUCGCCCCGACUUGCAGUAUGCCGUCCAGCAAGCAUGUCUUCACAUGCAUGUCCCCACAACGGCGCACCAAGGCCUCGUCAAGCGAAUUCUCCGCUACGUCCGUGGCACCACAGCGCUCGGGCUUCAUCUCCGGCACAACAACAACUCCGACCUCGUCGCCUACUCUGAUGCAGACUGGGCCGGAUGCCCUGACACCCGGCGCUCGACCUCAGGAUUCUGCGUGUUCAUGGGGGACUCCCUCCUCUCGUGGUCGUCAAAACGACAAACCAUGGUCUCCCGAUCAAGCACCGAAGUUGAAUACCGCGGCGUUGCAAACGCUGUGGCUGAGUGCACAUGGCUCCGGUAG